CGCGCAGACGCGUACUGGUGCCCCUCAUCUAUCCUGCCUGUCUUUCUGAAGGGGUAUUGUUACCCUACGGAGCGGAGGGGCCAGGAGGAUGGGAGGCGGGUUCUUCUGCGCAGGCGUCCCCUGUGUCCCGACGCCCGGCUGUCUGCGGGGUUGGGCGGGGGCUCUUGCCCCCUCAGAUCUGGGGGCGGAAGAGGAUCAUGGAUUUUCCUGGACACUUUGAACAGAUCUUCCAGCAACUGAACUACCAAAGACUUCAUGGCCAGCUCUGUGAUUGUGUCAUUGUAGUAGGGAAUAGGCAUUUUAAAGCCCACCGCUCUGUACUGGCAGCUUGUAGCACACAUUUCCGAGCCUUGUUCUCAGUGGCAGAGGGAGAUCAGGCCAUGAACAUGAUCCAGCUGGAUAGUGAGGUAGUGACAGCAGAGGCCUUUGCUGCACUGAUUGACAUGAUGUAUACCUCCACCCUCAUGCUGGGGGAGAGCAAUGUUAUGGAUGUCUUAUUGGCAGCCUCUCACCUGCAUUUGAACUCUGUUGUUAAGGCAUGUAAACAUUACUUAACAACAAGGACGCUGCCCAUGUCUCCCCCUAGUGAGCGUGUUCAGGAACAGAGUGCCCGCAUGCAGCGCUUCUUUAUGUUGCAGCAGCUGGGACUAAGCAUCGUGAGCUCAGCCCUCAAUUCCAACCAGAAUGGUGAGGAGCAGCAGGCCCCCAUGAGCUCAUCGAUGCGCAGUAACCUGGACCAGCGGACGCCCUUCCCCAUGAGACGCCUUCAUAAGCGCAAGCAGUCUGCAGAGGAACGGGCCAGACAGCGUCUCCGACCCACCAUGGAUGAGUCUGCCAUUUCCAAUGUUACUCCGGAGAAUGGGCCUUCAGGGGUUCAUUCUCGAGAGGAAUUCUUCUCACCAGAUUCUCUGAAAAUUGUGGAUAAUCCUAAAGCUGACGGAAUGACCGACAACCAGGAAGACAGUGCCAUCAUGUUUGACCAGUCUUUCGGUGCUCAAGAAGACGCCCAGGUGCCUAGCCAGUCUGACAACAGUGUCAGCAACAUGGCACAGUUGUCGAUGGCUUCUCGCGCGACUCAGGUUGAGACUAGUUUUGAGCAGGAAGCUGCAACUGAUAAAAGUGGUUUUCAGUGUGAAAAUCCUGAGGUUGGCCUUGGUGAGAAGGAGCACAUGAGAGUAGUGGUUAAAUCUGAGCCUUUGAGUUCUCCUGAACCUCAGGAUGAAGUGAGUGAUGUGACCUCACAAGCAGAAGGCAGCGAAUCUGUGGAAGUGGAAGGAGUUGUGGUCAGUGCUGAGAAGAUAGACCUCAGCCCUGAAAGCAGUGAUCGGAGUUUUUCAGAUCCCCAGUCCAGCACUGACAGGGUAGGUGACAUCCAUAUUUUGGAAGUCACAAAUAACUUAGAUCAUAAGUCCACUUUUAGCAUUUCAAAUUUUCUUAACAAGAGCAGAGGAAGCAACUUUAGCGCAAAUCAGAACAACGACGAUAAUAUCCCAAACACCACUAGUGACUGCAGGCUGGAGUGUGAGGCCCCUUAUUUGUUGAGUCCAGAGGCUGGGCCUGCUGGUGGGCCCACCUCAGCCCCUGGCUCUCAUGUAGAAAACCCAUUCAGUGAGCCUGCAGACUCCCAUUUUGUUAGGCCUAUGCAGGAAGCAAUGGGCCUGCCAUGUGUGCAGACAUCAGGCUAUCAAGGAGAACAGUUUGGGAUGGAUUUUUCCAGAUCUGGUUUGGGCCUCCACUCCUCCUUCUCCAGGGUAAUGAUGGGUUCCUCAAGAGGAAAGGCCAGUAACUUUCCAUACUACCGCCGUAUAGCUCCCAAAAUGCCAAUUGUAACUUCUGUCAGGAGCUCACAGAUCCCAGAAAACUCUGCCAGUUCCCAGCUAAUGAUGAAUGGGGCCACAUCCUCAUUUGAAAGUGGGCAUCCUUCCCAGCCUGGCCCUCCACAGUUGACCAGGGCAUCUGCCGAUGUCCUGUCAAAGUGCAAGAAGGCCUUAUCAGAGCACAAUGUCCUGGUUGUAGAGGGAGCUCGCAAGUAUGCCUGUAAAAUCUGCUGCAAGACUUUUUUGACCUUGACAGAUUGCAAGAAGCACAUCCGUGUUCACACAGGUGAAAAACCAUAUGCCUGCCUGAAGUGUGGCAAGAGGUUCAGUCAGUCCAGCCACCUGUAUAAACAUUCUAAGACUACCUGUCUGCGCUGGCAGAGCAGCAGUCUUCCAAGCACUUUGCUCUAACCCUGACCUCUUGAGAUAAUGUUGAUGCCAGUUGUAGGACCAAAACUAAAACUGUGUUUUGGCUGAGGGCUAAUGCCCCUGGGUUUGAGGCUUCAGGCUGCCCAAUGGCUCUUGCAAAUUUCGAUGACUCAGUGGAGAACUAACAUGUUAGUGGAGAACUAAUAGUGCUAGUGCUGCUGCAUUUCUCAGUGAAAUGCACGCUUUCAGAGAGAUGCAGUCCUCCAAGUUCUUCCUUAGGGUUGAGUAAUGCAGUCAAAAAGUAGUUUAUAAUUGAUGUUAAAAGUGGCACAUGUAAAAAUUAAAAAUUAAAGUGCAAAAAACUUUUUUAGCAAUUUUUGUAAAACUCUGUGAAGCAUUUAAUUAAAUUUCUUAUACCCUCUGAUGGGGCUAUUAUAUACCUGUACAGUGAUACAAGACUCAUUUAUGUUUAACCAGUGGCAACUUUGUGCCCAUUUAAAAAGCCCUCCAGGAUGACACGCCUGUCAGCCACAAUGCUUUAAAGCCUAUUAUGAGCUAGUCGUUGGCCUCACAAAGUACUGUAUUUUUUAUUUUUUUCUGAUUUGCAGUCAUAGACACUGCACUUUGAUGGUGCUGGCACUGGGUCCAGAGCAAGCAUACUCUGGGCUGUUAGGUGUAUAUACUUUGAAAACAUCGUUGGAUAGAAGUUUUAAUAAUUAUCUUGGUUUUAAAAACAAAAUUGUAAAUGGAGUAUGUACUUGUAGGGAGUGACAAGUAAGAUAUUGUUUCUGUGUGUGUGGUUUUAGCAGUAUUUUAACCAACUCGUAUACAUAUGUUACAAUUCCAUGUUUGGAAGUCAGAAAAGAGCUAGUGUUUGUCUUUGUUCUGAUGAUGUGGAGUCCUGUUUUGUGGGAUCUUUCAUAGCACAUUUACCCUUUGUUUCAUCGAGACUUCAGAGCCAGUCCAGCCUGACAUCUCACCCAAUGACACAUCUAUUCUGUAUUUCGCUUCUUCAUAUUCUCAUGCCCCAUAUGGCUUCAUUCCCAGGUCUAGGUUGCUAUUUUCGGUUACAAACUAACCAAAAACUGCAGGUCUUAAACUGUUAUAUGCUAUAGUUUUAAAAUAUAGAAAGUGAACUAUGGUGGUUGUCCCAGCCCAAUACUGAAUGUUUGAAAUCCAAACAUAGUAGUGUUCACAGUUAUUUUAUAAGAGGGUAGGAUAGUCCAGAACAUAGAAGCCACCAAGUAGCAUCUGAGAAUGUUGGAAGAGACAUUUGGGUCACUGUCCAGGGCCUCUUCGGGGCCCACUGCCUCGCUUCCCCAGCCCACCUUGCAGUCUUCCGACCCUGUGCUAUCAGGGCUGUUGUGGCACCUGUGUCAGGCCCAGCCCUGGCUGUGUGCUGCUUGGGAACAGCUCACGUUAAUGUGUCUCUGUAGAGCUCAUGGGGUCAGUUUAAAUCAUGCAUGAACAUGUGUUCAUCUUUUAUACAGCUUUUUAAGACACCAACCAUUGUGCAUAAUUGAGAGAAAUCUUUCAGUUCUUCUCUUUAGAAAGAUAAAUAUGUGUAGCCUAAAACAAAAAUUAGCCUUUUUUCCCUCUCAAUCUAUUGUGUGCAGUUUAUGCACACUGUCUGUGGAUACGCACCUGUCUGGGGAUAAACUCAGUGUUCAUAGUUGGCUUAGCAUGUCCUGUGAACAGAUUCUCAGGAGGAAAGGAAAACUGAGAUUCCUCUCCUUUGCAGCAGAUGUAGGAAAGUGACCACUGGAGGACAUGGUGUCACCUGUGAAAUUGAGGGGUGUGUGGCUAAUUGUUAGCAGUUGUGUUCUGAUUUGAUGUGAGGAGGCGCUACAUCCACCCCUCUACAUGAUGCGGGGACCAGUGUCUUGUGAGAUUAACUGGGAGACAGGUGGAUCACCAUGGGCAAGAGGCCCUGCCUGGGCCUGGGGAGAACCAGUGAUACUGGGAAGAGCAGUGGCAGCCCUUCUUCCUGCCAUUUUAAGGACGUGGUGCAAGGAGGCUGCCCCCUCACCUCAUCUCAGGCUUAAGUGGACUUUGCUUUGGCGCCUGUCUCCAGUACAAGGGCUAGAGUCCUGCCUUUCCUUUGCUAGGUGGAAUCUGGAAUUGCUCAUCUACCUCUUAGUCAAUCAGUUGCUAUGGGAGAGAAGCAAGCUUGCGGGCCAAUGUCCUCAUACAAGCUGUAGUGCUUAAGAUAUUUCAGAGGUUCCCUGGAAAACCAGUCCCAGGGGUCCUAUGAUCCAUAGUUUCUACCUGAAUUAUAACUGGUAUUGGGUACCUGGAUUUGGAUUGAUUAGCCUUAAUUAUAGCCUGGCAUAAUCAUUUCUGAUGAUCAUCAUAAGGUUCUAUCACGGCACCUAUGUCAGUGGUGCUAUGCUGGUCAAAAUUUGAGAUUUUGAAAUAAAAAAUUUGUCACAUUCAUAAUCUAACUAAAUAUGUGUUCUUUUUCUGCACUUAGGUUAAUUUUAAAACAAAAAAAGGGAUGUAGUAUUACUUUCUCUGCUAAUGCUGCUUUGACCAGAAUUUUUUCCUAAUCAUAUCUUCUAGAAAAUACUCUAAUGCUCUCGGUGAUAAUUAUUGGUCAUUCCCCUCAGUGUAGGCCCUUCUGCCUCCCCUGCACUCUUUUUGUCUUUGAGCCAUGGGCUUGGGUGAGGUUUUGUUCUCAGCCCACCCAGUUCUAUUGUUUAAUCUUAUGCUUUCUGCUGUUCCCUUCCUUGCCUCCCAGAUUGAAAACUCCAUGCGCCAGUUGGACUUGGCUGUGGGGAAGGACUAGAAUGGGCUCCCUCAGCAGAAGUAGGACUUUGGCAAUGCUGGUGGCCUGGCCUGAGGGAGGAGUUAAGGUAGUGAUUAGAAAAAGGGCAUCCACCUGGGGGGUGGGAAGGAGGAGGAGAUAAGA